AUGAAAAUUGCUAUUGAGAUAUUUUACCAUGAAGCAAAUGAAGUUAAGGAAGAGAUACUUAGAAAAAUAGUGCACUCUUCGGAAGCUGCGUGUCCUGCUGCAACACCUUAUUCUUCACCGACAGCUCGGACUUCUGUUCCUUGUAGGUGGGCUCCGGACGAGGUUUUGGUUUCGGGUGUGGUUAUCCCGAGGCUGGCCCACGUGCUCCGAUCGGGCUCACCAAUGGGCCGACAAGCGGCAGCUUGGGCUAUGGUGCGAAUUUGCAGAAGCAGCAGCAGCUCGGUUGAGAUGAAGAAGUUAGUGGGCCAAUCGGGCUGCAUUCCGAAUCUGGUUUGGUUGCUCGAGGAGAAGAGUAACGGGGCUAGAGAAGUCGGGGCCCACGCGAUUUCGUGCCUGAUGAGUGUGUCUUGUAAUUGUCGGGAGGUGAAGAAGGAAGAGAAAAGCGUGCCGAGCCUGGUGGCGCUGUUGGACCCGAGCCAGCAGAACACGGCUAAGAAGUACAAGGUGACUUGCUUUGGAAUGUUGUGCUCGAGCAAGAAGUAUCGGAAGUUGAUGGUCUCGUAUGGGGCGAUUGGGUACCUGAAGAAGUUGAGCGAGAUGGAUGUGCCGGGGGCGAAGAAGCUGCUCGAGAGGCUCGAGAGGGGGAGGCUCAAAGGGUUUUUCGGCCGG